AUGUCUACUCAGUUUCAUGCUCGGGCCAAAGUAUUUCAGACUGAUAAUGGAGGAGAAUAUGUGAAUAAUACUUUGGCAUGUUUCUUUCGUGCUCAAGGUAUUAUUCACCAAACAAUAACCCCUUUUACCCCUCAACAAAAUGGUGUGUCUGAAAGGAAGAAUCGACACUUGCUUGAAGUUGCCUGCUCACUCAUAUUUGAUAUGUCUGUUCCCCAUCAUUUUUUGGGGCAUGUUGUUCUGUCUACUGCCUAUUUGGUUGAUCGUACUCCUAGCCGAGUUCUUGAUUUUAGGACUCCGUAUAAUGUGUUCGGUGACCAUGUUUCCCCUAUCUCUUUCUCCAAGUUGCCCCCUAAAAAGGGGAGUGAAUUUGAGAGUCUUAGAUUGGAAGAUCUUGGACUUGAUGGCCAAAAUACUAUAUAUGAAGAUGUUGCCCUUGGGAAGGAAACGAUUGCUCGCAUAGCAAAAGGCGACCGGUCCCCAAGGUUUAUAGGUAAAGAUAUUGCUCUUAGUGACGAAACGACCGGUCGACACUCUGGAAACGAUUGGUUGCCUAUCGCUAAAGAUGAAGAAAAUGCUCUCUGUGAUGAAACGACCGGUCGACAUUCAGGAACUGACCGGUCACCCAUCGUUGAAGAGUGUGACAAUGAUUCUUGUGACUCUUGUGUAGACAAGUUCAAUGCAAGACCCGCCUCUGCCUUGCCAUUGCUCCAAUCAAGUCAUAAGAAUAAGCUAAGUGAGGUAAUCUCUGGUGAAUCAUCUAUGCCAAGUUACCAAUUGCCCCUACGUACCACUCGUGGGAAACCUAAAGCACAAUACUCACCUGAUAUACAUGCUAAGAUCCCUUUACCAAGGGGGAAGAAAGCUGUUGGGUGUAGAUGGGUGUUUACUUUGAAGCAUAAGGCUGACGGUUUCAUUGACCAUUACAAGGCUAGAUUGGUAGCAAAGGGUUAUACUCAUACCUAUGAAGUAGAUUACCUAGAGACAUUUGCUCCAGUAGCAAAGCUCAAUACUGUGCCUGUACUCUUGUCCCUGGCUGCUAAUCAUGAAGGGCCCUUGUUGCAGUUUAAUGUCAAAAAUGCAUUCCUACAUAGUGACCUCAAAGAAGAAAUAUACAUGUAUCUUCCUCCUGUUAUUCUUGUAACCUCCAAGGAGGGUGUUGUGUGUAAGAUACGGCAAUCCUUAUAUGGAUUAAAGCAGUCUCCAAAAGCAUGGUUUGUUGCGUGUAUGAAGAAAUUUGGAGAUGAUCAGGCAAAAAUGAAAAAUCUUCAUAAGUAUUUGGCUUUCGAGUUUGAGAUGAAGUCAUUGGGUGACUUGAAGUAUUUUCUUGGGAUUGAAGUUGCUAGAUCUAAGCAUGGUAUAUUUCCGUCCCGAAAGAAGUAUGUUUUGGAUUUACUUGUGGAGACUAGAAUAUUGGAUUAUAAACCAAUUGAUACAUCUAGUGAACAAAAUCAUAAGUUGGGGUUAUAUCCUGAUCAAGUCCCCACCGAUAACGAGCGUUAUCAAUGGCUUGUAGGGAGUGAACAAAAUCAUAAGCUCAGGUUAUAUUCUGAUCAAGUCUCCACCAAUAAGGAGCGUUAUCAAUGGUUUGUGGGGAAAUUAAUUUAUUUAGCUCAUACACGUCCUGAUAUAGCAUAUUCAGUGAGUAUAGUGAGUCAGUUUAUGCAUUCUUCUAGUAAAUAUGAUAUGGGUGCUGUGAUGCGUAUUUUGAGGUAUCUGAAAGUAACUUAUAGCAAGAGGUUAAUGUUUUCCAAGUAUGGUCAUAUGGAUGUAGAAGGGUAUACAAAUGUUGAUUGUGCUGGUUCAUUUAUUGAUAGACGUUCUACGUUUGGGUAUUUCACAUUUGUUGGUGGUAAUCUUGUUACUUGGAGGAGUAAAAAGCAAAAAGUGGUGUCUCAGUCUAGUGCCGAAGUCGAGUAUUAUGGGAUGGCUCAAGGUGUGUGCGAGUUACUAUGGUUGAAGAGAUUGUUUGGAGAUCUUGAGUUUGAGCCCCAGAAACCCAUGGAUUUGUAUUGUGAUAAUAAGAUGUAA